ACUUAGUACUUUGAAAGCUUUUUUUUUUUUUUUUUUCAUUUUUUUUUUCUUCUACUUAAGUGUGAAGUAACGCAAUUCCUAUAUUUGCAUUACGCGCCACAUUAGAAUCCAAAGCUAAAGUCGUCAGUUCGGAUACAGUAUCUUCGGCUGGAAGAAUUAAAUAUACCCUUUUAACCUAAAGAGAUUAGAAUUAGAGUCAUAAGAUAAACGAUCGUUGCAAAUUCACCAUGACCGAUGAUUCAAUUCUAACUAAACCACAGCCUUGGAAAAGCGUGACAGUUUUCAUAGGUACGCAUGUCGUGCAAAGUCAACAUAACACAAGGUCAACAUUACUCGACAGCCCUCUUGACAGUUGUCCGUUACUCGCACAGCAAUGAAAAUGAACGGACAGGUUAAAGACUCUAGGCCGACUUCUACAACGUCCAGGGUGAAAAGAGUUUCGUUUGCGGAUUUUGUUGGCCUAAAACUUGAGUUUGUGAGAACCAUUACUCCCUCCAGCAGCGAAGACAACUUAUGUACACUAGAGGACGCGUUAUGGAAAACCAACUGUGACGACACUGAGGCACCAAAGAAGCGGGUAAAAUGUCUGUACCCGUGUUUCGUUCAACCUUCAGAAUCAACAGACAGUUUCAUGAAGAGGGUUUACAGCCAGAAUGUGUGCCUCGAGUACAUCGUGUGCAAUAACUUAGUUAUCACCGGACUUAUUCGGGUGACAAAUUUAUCUUACAUGAAAGAGGUGACUGUCAGAUUUACACUUAAUGGAUGGGAGACGUAUCAAGACGUUUGGGCGGAUUUCAUGUCCACUUGUUUGGAUGGCAGAACAGAAACGUUUAGUUUUCGUAUCUCAAUACCUCAUGACUUUGAAGUAAAUCGGUAUAUGGAGUUCGCAAUUCGCUAUCGCGCCUCAGACAAUGAGUUUUGGGAUAAUAAUGGCCGNCCUUUGAAAAGCGUGACAGUUUUCAUAGCAAUGAAAAUGAACGGACAGGUUAAGGACUCUAGGCCAACUUCUACAACGUCCAGGGUGAAAAGGGUUUCGUUUGCGGAUUUUGUUGGCCUAAAGCUUGAGUUUGUAAGAACCAUUACACCCUCCAGCAGCGAAGACGACUUGUGUACACUAGACGACGCGUUAUGGAAAACCAACUGUGACGACACUGAGGCACCAAAGAAGCGGGUGAACACUGGGGAGAAAAUAAUAUCGCUUCAAUUCUCGGUUUGCAACCUAACUUGCUCCAAUCUUUUAGCCGACAUUUUGAACCUCUUCGCCUCAGAUAUAUUUUAUCUGACGAAAGAUCAAGGAAAUAUGGAAAUGGUGCUUGAAGAAAAACGACGAACAGACGGUGUUUGA